CGUCUUCACACAACCUGCCAUAACCGACAACGUCGACCUCAAGACCACCUCCUCAACUCGAGAUUCCUGAACAAGUGCAUUUUCAAUUCGCGUUCCAGCGUCGGAGUUUCCUUGAAUUGUAGAAAACAUUCCAUGAUGAAUUCUGUGAUAGUGUUCAGUUUUGUUCUACUCGUAGUUUGUAGCGACGUGUUGAGUACUCCGAAGGCUGCUUUUUAUAUUGACAAUGGGCUAGAUCAGACGGCUAUCGAUAGAGAGAUGACAAAAACAGAAAAACGCGAAAUGGAAUUGGAGAUUUUGAAUUUGCUGGGGUUGCCGAGUAGGCCGAAAAGGGUGACAAAAUCGUUGAAAAAAUCGGCGCCGAAAUUUCUUUUGGAUAUUUACAAGUCAUUUAUGGAGGAGGACAGCGAUGACAGGCAUUCUAGGAGAGAAAGAAGUGCGGAUUUGAAUCUAAGCGGAGAAGAACAAAUCGCGAUUGAUGCGAGCGAUGUGAUCAUGACGUUCGAGAGCAUAAAUCAUCACGUAAGCAGUGUUCGGCAUGAAAGGGGAAAACGGCUUUGGUUUAACGUUUCUGAAAUGCCUGUUGCGGAGGAUGUGUUAGGCGCCGAACUAAGGAUUUUUCAAAAAGAUACAAAUUCACCGAGGAGGGCCAAUAUUGUCUACACUGUUACUGUUUAUGACUUGAUUAACACUAAUUCAGGGGAAAGCGAACUGGAAUAUAUUUCUGCAGUUAAUACCACUGGUAGCUUCACUGGGUGGUUGGGUUUGAAUCUGACCGCUUGUCUGCCUACGUGGGUGGCAUUCCCGGAUUCCAAUAAGGGCCUUUACCUGUCGGUACAUCCGGUCGAUAAACCAGGGCGGGAGAUAAGACCAGAAGACAUUGGUUUAACCACCGUCAAGGGAGAAGAUGAAACUCAGCCUUUCAUUGUGGCCUUUCUCAAGGCCACAGAUUACGUUGAGCCACCAAAAAGAAGAGCACGUGAUGUCAGCUCCAAACGUCGAGUGAAAAAAUCGGACUAUGCUUCGAUUAUGAGUGCACCUGGCACGUCGAGGAUUUGUAAAAUGCACACCUUGUAUAUAAGCUUCAAAGAUUUACAGUGGCAGGACUGGAUCAUUGCUCCGGAUGGCUACUCCGCCUACUACUGCUACGGAGAAUGCAAUUUUCCGCUAAAUUCUCAUAUGAAUGCUACUAACCAUGCUAUCGUUCAGACUUUGGUCCACUUGAUGAACCCAAUUAGGUACCCAAAACCCUACUGUGCACCAACGAAGCUAUCACCAAUAUCGGUACUAUUUUUCCUGGAUGAUACCAACGUUGUUCUGAAGAAAUAUAAGAAAAUGUCGGUUAAGAGCUGUGGAUGUCACUGAGCAGUUCUGUACAUAUUUUGGGAGUUUACCAUAGUUUUAAGUACUUGAACAGACUGUUUCGCCAUGCGAUUGUUUUGUAUAUAACUGUAGUUGUAAUUUUGAGCUGCAAAUAAAGUUUGUUUUUUAUUUA